AUGGAUGGAAUGGUGAACUAUGUGGACGACACCAACAUAUUGGUUUCUGGAAAGACGCUAUCAGAGGUAACUGAGGAGGCAGGGGCCAGUUUGUCUGGAAUCUGUAGUUGGUUCAAUAGGAAUGAAUUGGCACUGAAUGCAUCAAAGACAAAUAUCAUGGUGUUUAGAACGAAGAAUUCCCGAAUUAAUCUGGGUGAUAGCAUAAACCUGAAUGGUGAGGAAAUGAAACCUGUUCCUGAGACAAGAUUCCUGGGAGUACACAUUGAUGAGUUCUUAGACUGGAACAAUCAUGUGGAAAAAACUGGGUUGAGACUGAGUAGCAUUGGAUAUGGAAUCAGGGUGGUGUCAAGAUAUAUGGACGAGAAAACAUUGAAAAUACUGCACCAGGAUGAAUUAAGGUCCAACUAUGUCCAUGGAUAUAAUACAAGGACGACGAACCUCACUUAUCCAUCUCAUCGGCUUACAAGUACAGAAAAAGGUCCCUAUUAUAUGUGCAUAAAACUUUACAAUAAACUACCAAAUACAUGCAGAUUGUCUAGCCUGAUAAAAUUCAAACAUACUAUAAGGAAACUCCUGAUCAAACUGGAACCAUAUUCACUUGGCGAUUUUUUAAAUUGUAACAACUUGCCAGAGUUUGUUUAA